CCGAAGAAGUGCCGAACGCGCGGGCUGCUGAGUGCAGCUGCAGCAGCACAGUCGUCAUCUUCACUUUGGCCACCUCACCUACGCUGCAAGUCAGUGUGAUAUAUAGAUGCAAUUUGUUCAUGUGGCCGCCCUAUAAAUCCUCGCCCGGCCUCAUCAUCCCUCUUCGACAAGCUCUCAGCACAAACGCUCCUCUCGCUCCCUAGCUAGCUAGUCCCCUUUCGCCUGCAGAGCCCCCUGCACUAGGCACAGCUAGCUAGCUGCAGCUACAGCAAUGGUUUCCGCCGGGGUUCAUGGUGGCGGCGGCGACGGGCAGGAGGCGGUGGACUUCCGAGGCAACCCGGUGGACAAGUCGAGGACCGGAGGGUGGCUGGGCGCCGGGCUGAUCCUGGGCACGGAGCUGGCGGAGCGCGUGUGCGUCAUGGGCAUCUCCAUGAACCUGGUCACGUACCUCGUCGGCGAGCUUCACCUCUCCAACUCCAAGUCCGCCAACGUCGUCACCAACUUCAUGGGCACGCUCAACCUCCUCGCCCUCGUCGGCGGCUUCCUCGCCGACGCCAAGCUCGGCCGCUACCUCACCAUCGCCAUCUCCGCCACCGUCGCCGCCACCGGCGUGAGCUUGCUGACGGUGGACACGACGGUGCCGAGCAUGCGGCCGCCGGCGUGCGCGAACGCCCGCGGGCCGCGCGCGCACCAGGACUGCGUGCCGGCGACCGGCGGGCAGCUGGCGCUGCUGUACGCGGCGCUGUACACGGUCGCGGCGGGCGCCGGCGGGCUCAAGGCGAACGUGUCCGGGUUCGGGUCGGACCAGUUCGACGCGGGGGACCCGCGGGAGGAGCGCGCCAUGGUGUUCUUCUUCAACCGCUUCUACUUCUGCGUCAGCCUGGGCUCCCUGUUCGCGGUCACCGUGCUGGUGUACGUGCAGGACAACGUGGGCAGGUGCUGGGGCUACGGCGUCUCCGCCGUCGCCAUGCUGCUCGCCGUCGCCGUGCUCGUCGCCGGCACGCCCAGGUACCGGUACCGCCGCCCGCAGGGAAGCCCGCUCACGGUCAUCGGCCGGGUGCUCGCCACCGCGUGGAGGAAGAGGAGGUUGACGCUACCGGCGGACGCCGCCGAGCUCCACGGGUUCGCCGCCGCCAAGGUCGCCCAUACGGACAGGCUCAGGUGCCUUGACAAGGCGGCGAUCGUGGAGGCCGACCUGUCCGCGCCGGCGGGGAAGCAGCAGCAGCAGGCGAGCGCGCCGGCGUCGACGGUGACGGAGGUGGAGGAGGUGAAGAUGGUGGUGAAGCUGCUGCCCAUCUGGUCCACGUGCAUCCUCUUCUGGACGGUCUACUCCCAGAUGACCACCUUCUCGGUGGAGCAGGCCACGCGCAUGGACCGCCACCUCCGCCCGGGCUCCUCCUUCGCCGUCCCGGCGGGCUCCCUCUCCGUGUUCCUCUUCAUCUCCAUCCUGCUCUUCACCUCCCUCAACGAGCGCCUCCUGGUGCCGCUCGCCGCGCGCCUCACGGGCCGCCCGCAGGGGCUCACCUCGCUGCAGCGGGUCGGGACGGGGCUCGCGCUCUCCGUCGCCGCCAUGGCCGUCUCGGCGCUCGUCGAGAAGAAGCGGCGCGACGCGUCCAAUGGCCCCGGCCACGUCGCCAUCAGCGCCUUCUGGCUCGUCCCGCAGUUCUUCCUCGUCGGCGCCGGCGAGGCGUUCGCGUACGUGGGGCAGCUGGAGUUCUUCAUCCGGGAGGCGCCCGAGCGGAUGAAGUCCAUGAGCACCGGCCUGUUCCUCGUCACGCUCUCCAUGGGCUUCUUCCUCAGCAGCUUCCUCGUCUUCGCCGUCGACGCCGUCACCGGCGGCGCGUGGAUCCGGAACAACCUCGACCGCGGAAGGCUUGACCUCUUCUACUGGAUGCUCGCCGUGCUCGGGGUCGCAAACUUCGCCGUCUUCAUCGUCUUCGCCAGGCGGCACCAGUACAAGGCCAGCAACCUGCCGGCGGCGGUGGCGCCCGACGGCGCCGCCAGGAAGAAGGAGACGGACGACUUCGUCGCCGUGGCGGAGGCAGUCGAAGGAAUGGACGUGUAGGGCGAUCACAAUUGAUCGGUGCGUGCGUGUCGGUACUAGUGCUGCUCUGUAGUGUGGCUUAAUUUUUGCCUUUGGGUUUCUUUCGCUUGCCAGUUUUCAGUUUGCUGCUGCUUCGGCUUCGGCCUGCUCUCCUGUAAAUAACACAGGAGGCAUACGACUAUACGAGUUGUGGCGAAGUUUUAUCCAGUUAUUAGAUGAACAAGAUAUAGAAAUGGGCUUUUAGCGAGCGGACGCUAGACCGAGUGGCUAGCGCUUGACCGUGUCGCACCAUUGCGACCUAGGUUGGAGCCCCAUGGGAUGGAGGUGAAAAAAAAGAUAUCUCCUCAAGCACAGGUUUACCUUAAAAAAGGAACAUGGUUGACAUGGCAAUAAGGGAAGAGAAAUUGGCA